AUGGAGGAUACAGCUAAAGGAAUUCAGAUGGAGAGUGUGCAACCCUCCGAAGCUUCAGAUGCCAGCAAAGCUGUCGUGGAAAAUGAGAGUCCAGCCAAAAAGACCUCCAUGUUUUGCUUUAAGAAGAGAAAGAAGUGCCAUGAAAAAGGGACGGAAAAAGGUGCGGACAGUGAGUCUGCUUCAUUUACCUUAAAGCCUUUGAACCUUCCUUCCAGCACUGGAAGUGGCCAAGCGGAGGGUUCCGACCCGUUAUGGCCACCAGGAGGGGCCUGGGUGGCCUUCAAGCGCUUUGUAACACUGAGAAGACGCUCCAGAUCUGCUCUGAAGAAGCAAGCUCAGUCCGGGUCCCGUGUACAGCUGGAGAUGAAUGUUGAAGACUCUGGGGUGCCGCGUCUUUCUAGGGCGGGCAGCAGCUCCAGCAUUAAAAUCCCCUGCUUAAGCUUCUCCAGAAACAAGAAGAAAUCCAAAGCCCCUGAAAUAACAGAGGUGCUCGAUUGCCGUGAGGAAGCGCACGAAACCACAAGCCUCUUGAGUAACCAAAGCAGCAGCAAACUGGGGGUGCUGGCUGUGGAAGGGCCUCUGAGUGCUGAGGAAUCCCCCUGCGGAGCCCUCGAGGAGAGAGAGAGCGGCCGUGGAGGGGCAAAAACCACUGCAGGCGCCGUUGCCUCUACCAGAGAGGAAGCGUUUGUGGAGAGGAGGCCUGACCCCAAUUGCUAUGCAGACUGUGUGGCUCAGUCCGAAAUAAUCCACUCGGAAAACGUCCUUGAAACAGAACAGGAGAAGCAAAUCUUUCAGUUGCACCAUGGAAGCCUCUAUGGAAAUGCCGAAGAAGCGGGGAGCAAGAGAUUCGAGUUCCACAUCGAGGCAGGGCCUCUCUUUCCUCGGGACUUGCCGGAGAGCAAACACGGGAUCUUCGAAGCAGAAGACGCCGAGAACACGCAUGCCGGAGAGGCUGUGUUGGAGCAGCUUGUGAGGGGAGCUGAUGCUGUGGCGGACGACGGCGAUGCCAGGGAGGCCAACUCCGUGGAGGUGAUGCUGCACCGCAGCCCACCCGCAGUGGAAACUGAGGCAUCCGAUGUGCCCGUUGCUUCCGAUGAGGAGAUCCGGUGCACAGAAGGUCAGCCGGCAAUGCCUGGAGCAGGCAUCGUAAUCAUGAUCACAGAAGCGGAAGAAGACCAGGAGGAAGAAGAGCCCAGCCAGGUGUGCGAAGCCUUUUCCUUUCCUCAAGCCAGCAAGCAGAAGGGGAAGAAGAAGUCAAGCAAAAGUCGCAAUUCUGGUGCAGGAGGUUACAGUCAGGCGAGGGAAGGCACGGUGCACCCCAAGGCCCCGGCGUCCUUCUGCGCUGGCGGCCAGGAGCACUGGACUCCAGAGCAAUAUGAGGGGCUCCUGAUUGAAACGGCCUCGUCCCUCGUGAAGGCGGCCAUUCAGUCGUCCGUCGAGCAGCUCCUUAACGAGAUGGCUUUGGAGCACAAUAGACAGAACAGUUUUCUAUGA